UUAACCUUUAUAUCGCCGCCUUUCGUGCUAGGAGGGAAUUCUCUGGUCUCCAGCGGAAGACGAACCUUGAAAUCGAAUUCUCAAAAAAUUGCUCUCGCCCUUUCGUCGUUCGUAAAGGUUUUUUUUGGAGAAACAAACCAGCAGAAUGGAUUCCACGCCUGUGAACUGGGAGUGUCUUGACGCUCUAGUCAUUGAUUUUGCAAAAUCAGAGCGCCUAAUCGCCGACUCUUUUUCUCCAUCUCCGGUGUCUUCUCCUUCUUCUUUAUCAUCGUCGUCUUCUUAUCAUUCGAGAUUAAUUAUACGUCAGGUAAGACGGGCGUUAGAGUCCGGCGAUAUUGACACGACUAUGGAUCUCCUACGGGCCAACACUCCUUUCAUCCUCGAGGAUCAUAGACUUCUCUUUCGGUUGCAGAAGCAGAAAUUUAUUGAACUGCUGAGGAGAGGGACUGCAGAAGAUCGCGAUUCUGCAAUUGAGUGCUCGAGGACUUCUCUUGCUCCUUGUGCCCUUGAUGCCUAUGCGGAAGCAUAUGAGGAGUUCAAGCAUGUCCUUCUGGCAUUCAUAUAUGAUAAAGAUGAUAAGACUUCUCCUGUGGCAAAUGAGUGGUCUGAAAGGAGGAGAUUUGACAUUGCGGGAUUGAUAUCAUAUGUAUUAAGAGCUCAUUUACAUGCAUAUGAUCCUGUAUUUUCUCUGACAUUAAGAUAUUUGAUAAGCAUUCAUAAAGAGUAUUGCCUUCGUAAAGGAGUUUCAUCUCCUAUUGCAGAUCUUACUGAAAGGUUGCUCCUCAAGGAAAGUGAUCCUCCUACUACACUCCAGGAGAGUUUGUACGAAGCACCUCCAUUUGACGAGGUGGACAUUCAAGCUCUUGCACAUGCUGUAGAGCUCACACGACAAGGAGCAAUUGAUAGCUUGAGAUUUGCCAAGGGUGAUUUGUUUAUGGCGUUCCAGAAUGAAUUGUCUAGAAUGAAAUUGGAUGUUUCUCUGCUUGAUGAACUUGUUUGUGAGUACUGUGUGUAUAGGGGAAUUGUGGACUCGGGUUUUGCAUUGCCAUCAGGAUUGCAAACACUCUGCGCGCCUUUAAAUGGGAAUCAACCAGAGUCUAAGAGCUGCUUAUCAAGAAAUUGUUCUCUUGAAGUGAGUAUUGGUUCCAGUAAGCAUUCGGAUGUAGAAACUUUCAUAAGUGAUUCGCAUAUGGAUAGUCCUGAAAGUAAUGAAGACAUGACUAGCUUGCGAGGAAGUGAUGUUGAGCUGAGAUAUGCCACUGAACCUACAUGCAAUCAUGAAGAUUGUAGCACCAGUGGAUCAAAUCAGCCUGAAGUUUCAAGUGUUUUGUCCAGACACAGAAAAUAUGGAAGUGUGGAAAGGGGCAAACGCAAGAGAUGGAGGGGAAGACAUGAUGAUGAAGGCACUACUACUCAGGUUACCGGCACAGAUUUGCAACAUGAACAAAGGGAGUUCAACAAGCAUUCUGUAUUAGAAGUUAACAACUGGGAGAAUAAAUAUGAGUGUGUAUUGGAGAUGAAGGAACUAGUUGGCAGAGGAAUGGCUGCAGAAGUCGUGGAAGAAGUUAAUGCUUUGGAUCCAAACAUUUUUGUGCAAAACCUUCAUUUGCUGUUUCAACUUAAGCAGGUUGAAUUUCUUAAGCUGGUUGGUUGUGGUGAUCAUUCUAGUGCACUGAGGGUUGCAUGUUCCUAUUUAGGUCCCUUGGCAGCUGGUAAUCCAGCUUUUCUGAAGCCCUUGAAAGAGACUCUGUUGGCAUUCAUCCAACCGAAUGAACAAGCACUGGGAAAAGGCUUGCCUUUAAACUCUCUUGCAACAUCUCUACAGGUUGUAGUUGGUAGGAGGCUCGGUAUUGAAGAACCACAGCUCAUGAAGAUAAUGAGAGCUAUUCUUUACACACACAAUGAGUGGUUUAAACUUCAAAUGUGUAAGGAUAAAUUUGAAAGUCUCAUGAAGAUAGACUCCUUGAAGGAAGUUGAUCCUCCUUUACUUGCUGUUUCUGGUGUGUCGAAUUCAAAUGCCGAUGGUAGCAGUCAUGGUUCCUCUCUAGUUACGAUAUCUCCAAGUGUGAGGAUGUCAGAAGAUGGCUGCAGUCCAACUCAAGUAUCAUCUAGAGAUGUCAUCUGUGAUGAAAAUGCCAUACUUAAAGUAAUGGAGUUUCUUGCGUUGCCAAGGGCCGAUGCCAUCCAUCUUCUUGCCCAAUAUAAUGGAAAUGCGGAGACCGUCAUCCAGCAAAUCUUUGCAUAAUUAAGGGGGGGAAAUGUAGCGUGACCAAGUAUAAUUUUUUUUAUUUGAUUUAUUUUAAUCAUUAUUUCAUUCAAUUUGUGCCAUACAAACAAAAUUUCUUUGUACAUAUAAAAACUUGAAAUGGGGAUGCCAAGGUAGCAUCUCCUUGUAACAGUGCUUGAUUCGAUUACUGUGUCUGUGGUCUGUACUGUACAGUAAGAUGAAGUGCUGCCACUGAGAGAAGAAAUGGAUGGAUAUCAAUGCGAAAGAUGGGACAUGGUUUUUGUCACCAGGAAAACGAUAUGGCACAACUGUUUCGAAGUUUUGGUGGUUUCCCAAUCUAUCAGCUUCUAGCUUUUAUUAUUCCCAAUUCGUUAAGUAAUGGAAGUUAGAGCCUUCCUCUUGUUCUAUACUUUUAUUCACUCCUAUUAAAGUCAGUUCUCAAUUGUUCUA